AUGAGGUGCAUCCGGAAGAAGAUGAGCCUCGUCUACACGGCCAGCUACCGGUACAGGCGCGCACUGCAAACGAUGGCGGCGGGACUCUUUCUCAUCUACAUGGCGCUCGUCCUGUACCAGGCCGUCUACGGCUACGGUAGCGACGGCGCCGACCAGGACCGGCCUGCCGGGGUUGCCGCUGCCGGUGGGAAUUUACAGGAUUUUCAGUCCCUCGGAGCGAUGAUACUGGGUGGUGGCGGUGGUGGUGGUGUUGGCGGCGCUGGUGCGUUCGAACCUUCGGCCGGUCGUGGUGCAAGUGGUGCUGUGAUAAGCAAGCGCGAUAACUCCGUGGUGCCGUCCGGGUUGCGCGAUGCCGACGCGAGUGAUAAUGAGGUGGAUAGCAGAAGUGGUAGUCUAGUGCGACGGAACGGGCCUCGGCCGGAGCUGGGGCCAACGGCGGACCCGCCGAACCGGAUACCGGUGCCACCCGCCGUCACCGGCACCCCCAAGCCGCCCACCACCGAGCUCGACGAUCUGCUGAUCAGCGUCAAGACGACCAAGAGCUACCACGACACGCGGCUCGAGAUGAUCAUCAAAACCUGGUACCAGCUAGGGAAGGAGCAGACGUGGUUUUUCACCGACACCGACGAUCCGCACUACCAGAAGUUGACAAACAACCACAUGGUCAACACCAACUGCUCCCAGGGACACUUUCGGAAGGCGCUCUGCUGCAAAAUGGGCAAGGAGUUCGAGUUUUUCCUGGACAGUGCCAAAAAAUGGUGGUGCCAUUUUGACGAUGACAACUACGUGAACAUUCCACGACUCGUGCGGAUGCUGGACGACUACAGUCCGACGCAGGAUUGGUACCUAGGCAAGCCGAGCAUAUCUUCGCCGCUGGAGAUUUUCCUCGAUAAUACCAAAACUUCGACGGAGGUGAACAAGAAGGUGACGUUCUGGUUCGCGACCGGUGGGGCAGGAUUCUGCGUCAGCCGGGCGCUCGCCUUGCGCAUGAUGCCCGUCGCGGCCAGCGGCAAGUUUGUCGCGAUCGGCGAUAAGAUCCGCUUCCCGGACGACGUUACGAUGGGGUUCCUGAUAGAACACAUCCUAAAGGUGCCGCUGACUGUGAUCGACGCGUUCCAUUCGCAUCUCGAACCGAUGGAGUUCAUCCGACCGGAAACGUUCCACGAUCAGGUGUCAUUCAGCUACGCACGGAUGCGUGACGAAUGGAACGUGGUUAAGGUGGAUGGUUUCGAUCUGAAGACGGACCCGAAGCGGAUCUACUCCCUGCACUGCUACCUGUACCCGUUCUUUAGUAUCUGCCCAAAGUCGAUACGGCGACGAUGA